CUCCUGCCGCGCCUCGCAUGCCUGCCGUCCGUUAAUGCACAGUGGUUUUAGGGAAACGGCACAUGCUGACGUGGAGGUGUAACCAUCGGACAUCUUUUUAAUGCAGCUGGGAUCUCGCUGGACACCUGCAUAAUCAGAGUGCCAGCUUCGUCUCUUCGACUACAGGGUCAAGGCCAAUAUGCGGUCUUUUCACAUCCUCAUCCUCACACUGUUGAGCUGGACGUUACCGCUGGUCACUGCAGGUCUAGAUCACUCAGGUCUGCAAGAGCGACAAGACACAGCAAAUGGGGCAUUGCCAACUCUGACCACAGAUGCUCCGAGCUCCCCUACAGUUGCUUCAGCCUCGCAGAGCAGCCUUCCAGCAUCGCUCGCCUUAACGACCGAGGGGAGCUCGAACACUACCUCAACACAACCCUUAAUGACCGGCUUCACUUCCAACUCAACAGUCGCGAGCCAUACGUCCACAACAAUUUCUGCCAUACCCACAGCUGCUACGUCCCCGGCGAAUUCUACGGCCAGUUCCAAAACCAAAGCGAACGAUGACCUGCCCCUUCGGCCUAGAAUCACACCCGCAUUCGGCAUUGCCGGCGUCUUUCUGAUCGUAUUGGGUGGCAUAUAUGCGCUCAUCGGAGUCAAGAGCAGAUCGAUUCAGAUUUUCCUGUCAUGCGGGUUCCUGGCCAGUAUAGCGACUACGGCCUUGGUCGACUUUGUCAUGAGUACUCCUGUCAGUGAUGCGGUUCAAGGGGGUUUUUUCGUGGCGAUCUUCAUGACCGGCGCAGUCUUUGGUGGCGGGGCACUAAUAUUCAAGGAAUUCACAGAAGGAUUUGGCUGUCUCUUGGGCGGCUUCUGCUUUAGUAUGUGGCUGCUCGUCCUCAAACCAGGAGGGCUCGUCACCAGCCCUGGCGGGAAAGGUGCAUUCAUUGGCGUUUUCAGUUUGGUAGCAUGGUCACUGUCUUGGACAAGCUACACUAGACCUUAUGCUUUGAUCGGGUCGACAGCUUUUGGCGGCGCAACCGCAUUCGUACUCGGGCUUGACUGCUUCAUCAGGGCUGGAAUGAAGGAGUUCUGGUUCUACAUAUGGGAUCUCAAUGACGAACUCUUCCCACUCAACACCGACACUUACCCACUGACACGAGGCAUGAAAGUCGAGAUUGCAAUCAUCGUCAUCGGCACCAUCAUCGGUCUGCUAUCACAGAUAAAAUUGUGGAAAAUCAUCAGGUCAAAGCAGCGCAAGGAAGAUGCAGUGCAGCAGGAAGACGAAGGACAGAAGCAGGCCAUUGAAGCCGCAUUGGGACGACAUCUCGAACGUCGGAACGAACGGGAAAAGUCAGCUUGGGAGAAACAGUAUGGCGACAGACUCAACAGCAAGCGCAAUACGGUUCUAUGGCAGGAUGCACAUACCCACAAACGCUACUCUACGGUUUCUGUUGUUGCAUUUCAGCCUCCAACCCCGUCGGCUUCUACAGAAGAGCUCGAAAUGGAUACAUACGGCUCUCGAAGGAUUCAAUCUUGUUACGGCUCAAAAAAUAAACGUCAAAGCUCUGUUACUGUGGAGGUGAUACCAGAGGCGGAUGAAAACGACGAGGAGGUGGCGUUGAAUGAACGCCAGAAGGCUCUUCAAGCUCUCGAAGACGGCCAGGCUGCGGAUGAACACAAACAGAGUGGCGAUCUGUCUGCAUCCUCUAGCACCUUAAGCCCACUGACCGCAGGCGACGACGAUAGCUUGGCCCUUAGUAAAUCAGACAGUGGUAUUGAGCUCUCGAAGCCCAAGAGACGACCGAGUUCCGGGCUUACAAAACGUUUGACUUCGGGAUAUGUGCCGCUCGCUGCGCAUUCCAAGGACCAUCUUGUCGACCUUGAAAGGCCGCAAAGCAGAGCAUCUUCGGCCGCAGCGACUUUGGACGGAGACAACGAGGAGCUUGACGUGGACUCGCUUGAUGCUGAUGCAAGGAAUAAGACAGGGGGAUGCCCACAGAUUAUCAUCUCACCGGUCUUUACUGAGGGCGCUGAGUUCUCGGACAUGCUGUCAGGCUCGACCACGGGCUUUGGCCACGCAGAAAGCACAUCGUCAGACGGUAAAGAUGGAGCUUUGAACCACACAUCAAGGCCCACUGCUGCCCAAAUACGCACCAUUGCUGCCAGUGCGACGGCAGUAGUUGGGGACACCAGAGGCGAUGAUAGAGUCCCAGAAUCCCAAGCGUCUGAAGGAACCGAUUCAACCGCUGAGUCACUUACCAGGGUUGCUUUGGCUCAAGUACCAAGCCAAACGUCGACGGUGGUCUUGUCACACCGAACGAACGAAUGGGCAAAGCAUAUUACGUCUGCAGAAGCACCUAUCUACGACGAGCCAGAAUCGAUCAAAGGGGACGAUGGGCCAGAGGAUUCCCCGACAUAUAUUGCACGAGUGGCGACUGAUCCACAGACACAAGCCCUGGUUACACAAGGUCCAGUUCAUACGGCGCAAGUAGAGACAGUUCGUACCAGUCGCGCCGGUGUAGGUGUUGCGUCUCACCCACCGACUCCUCAAAGAGCCCUUUCCGAUCAACAAUGGCGACCAAGUGCCACGAAGGCACCCUCGCGGACAACCUCGAUGCAAUCGCUCAAAGCUCCCAGCAAACGAGUAAGUCGAGGUAGUUUCAACCCUACUGCGUCUACCUCUCUCGCCACCAUGCCCAUCAUGGAAAACAUUCCGAGCGAAUUUGGUGUACCGGCGCCUACCGGCCGUCGCUCAAGUGCAGGAUCACCGUACAUGAUGCCCACACGCCGAGAUUCUGCGACCAGUUUUGGUUCGGGCAAUCGCACGCCGUAUUCGGCCCACGAUACACCGCGCCCACAGGGCGGAACUCCAUACGAUGUGGCACAACUCCAGAGACUACAGAGUCAACAGUACCAAAGGGCUGAACGUCCUUCCGGUACCCGAAUGGACAGCUACGAUUCCCACCAGCCUUCACAGCGGGACGUCAGGAAAGAAGCCCAGAAACGAGAAUCGCUGCUCGCAGACUGGCGAUUGACGCAACAGCAACAUGCAUCUCGUGACGGUCUCGAGGCUUCUGUGGCGGAACACGGCCGGGCACGGUUGAGAUCGCAGUUAGAGAACCAACGGCGAUUCGAGGAGUACCAACGCAGCGAGGAGCAACGGAGACAGUUGGCGAUGGACCAGAUGAUGAGGCGUCCCGAGAUGCAGGACCUCCAUCGUGAGGCGAUGCGCAAGAUGCAAGGGAGUGCGAAUAAGAAGCUGAGAAGUUCGACCGGUUGAAGGAACAAAAGAAAAACAAAAUUGCAAUUAUUUUUUGGCAUUUCUACACAGGCGCACGGCACGUUUUCAUACCCGAUCUUUGGGACAUGACGGGACAUUCAUUCGCGGCAACACCAAGACCAAGGAUUUCCACCAGACCAUUCUCUGUCUGGUAUGAUGAUGGUUGCAUUGAGCAAAAGCUGGGAAAUAUAUUUGGGCAGGCCAAAAGUUUUACGACAUGGCCCGGGAUUUGAUGAACACACACAGAGACACAACUAUUUUGGAUUCUUUACGAUACCCUUCCAUUCAUUUGGAAAUGCGAAUACGGCUGGAUAUAUUGAGGUAGGUAAUUAUGGCUACAUAAUAGGCAU